AUGUAUGAGACAAUCAAACCAUCGAAUGUAUGCUCGGCUCUACAUUACUUGAUUAACUCACCACUUUACAAAAAGAAUGGUAUAACGGUUGAUAAGAAUUUUUUUGAUAAAUAUGACAAAAAUGAUGAAUUCUUAUUGGAUUUUACGGUUGAUGGAGAUAUUUGUUAUGAAAAAAAUCUGGAAGAUAAACCAAAUAAAGACAAUGAAAAACUCUCUGAAAGUGAUGAUGAUCUAGAAGAAGGUGAUUCUCCAUAUGAAGAAUCUGAUGAUGAGGAAUAUGCAUUAUGUACGUUUCAAGAUGAAGUAUUAAUCAUUGAUGAAGACUUGGAAGUGUCGAUUGAAACCUGUAUUAUGGCGCCUUGUCAGAAUAAUUAUCCAGUUCCUUGGCACUUGAUAAAUGAUCUAGAUGAAUUAUGUUUUCCGACUAUUUUCGCAGGAGAAAUUUUUGAUCCAAAUAAAAAAUUGAAUACUUAUGGUCAACGUGCCAAACUUCUGGCGAGAAAUAAUGAUCGAAGAUCGAGUCAGCCAACACGGAUAUUAUUCAUGGCAAAACGGAAGCUAGAGGAGAGAGUCAUAUCGGCUGUCAACGUAUGUGUGAGGAAACUGCCACAAAAUAAUGAGAUAACUGCUGGUCAAGUUAGAAGCAAAUCUUAUAUUAGUGAUAUGAUUACCCAAGAUGAAGGCUACUCUUUUCUGAGAAACGUAAGACCAUCUCCUGCAUUUUGGGAAGCGAAGAAAAAAAAUCCUCGUGCAAUGAUUCGUCAACUGGGUACACCAACGUUGUUCAUAACUCUUUCUGUAUCAGAAACAAAUGAUCCAGAAUUGAUUCAAUUCCUUUAUGGGUUGAAAAACGAUAAUAACCAAAUAUCACUUUGUAAAGCUGCUACAUUAGAUAACGCAGUUAAGAAUCAAUUGGUGAUAGACGACCCUGUAUCUGUUGGGCGUUACCUUGAUCAUCGAUUCAAGGAAGUCAUAAAGCUAUUGAAAAAUCCUGAUUGUCCUUUCCAGAAAAAUUUUGUAGUCGACUAUUUUACGAGGAAGGAAUUCCAAGGGAGAGGAACUGUACAUACACAUACAUUAUUAUGGUGUAACGAUGCACCUAAGUACAAUCCCGAUGAUGACAAUUCUAUCCCUCAUGUGGUGAAUUUCAUUGAUGCCUUGAUAUCAUGUCAAUGGGAUCCUACAAAUCCCUUCAUCAUGUUCCAAAAGCACAGACAUACAUUAACUUGUAAUAAAGAAAGAAAAAAUAUCAAGAAAUGCAGAUUCAAUUAUCCACAAUAUGUCAUGAAGUCGACUCAAAUUUUAAAACCAUUGGACCUAGAUGAAAAGGAAGGUAAUGAAAAGGAGAAUUUGCUUAGAAUAAAUGACUUAAUGCAAGUCUAUUCUAAGAAUACGACAAUAAUUGAUUUUGCUGAAAUGUUGGGAGCAUUGAAUUUGACAGAGCAACAAUACCUCAAUGCUAUACGAAGUACAUUAGACAAAGACAAACUUUUUAUCAAAAGACAAACAUGCGAUGUUACAAUCAACAAUUAUAAUACAACAAUUCUCAAUAUAUUGGAAGCCAAUAUGGAUAUUCAAUUCGUUCUAGACCCUUAUGCUUGUGCACAGUAUAUAAUAAAUUAUAUUUCUAAAAUUGACGUAGGAAUGUCAAGAUUAUUACGAGAAGCAGUAAAAGACUUGAAACAUGGCAAUCGACCAUUGCGAAAAAAAUUGAGAAGAUAUGGAAAUAUAUUCAUCAAUGGCAACAUAAUGUCAGCCCAAGAAGCAGUUUACCAUGUAUUGGAGUUGCCUCUUUGUGAAUCCAGUCGAUCCGUUAUUUUUAUCAAUACUUCUCCGAAGAACCAAAGAGUAAGAAUUUUUAAAUCACAGAAACAUCUGGUCUCAUUAGAUGAGGAUUCCAUAGAUAUUUACACUCAAAAUAUACUGGAAAAAUAUGAGCAAAGGAUAUUGACAUUAGAAAAUCUAUGUUGGGCUGAUUUUGCUGCAUGUAAUGUCAUAAAAUCGAAGAUAAAUGAAGAAAGAGAUGAUGAUCAUAAUGGUGAUGAUGAUAAUAUCGAUAAUCUUAACAGUAGUAGUGAAGAAGAUAAUGAUGAUUGCAAUGAUGAGACUGGAGGUAAUGCGUAUACCGCUAAUUCGAGAGAAAAAGUUACGAUGGAGAGGCUGAAGAGGAAGAAAGUUAAAAUUAUUAGAUAUGUUCGAUACACUAUACAAAGAGAUGAACAAAAUUAUUAUCGAGAACAAGUUCUCUUAUUUUAUCCGUGGAGGAAUGAAAUAACUGAUAUAGAGAAUGUCGAUUGUAAAAUGAUAUAUCAACAAUACCUUGAAACAAUCGAACAAAAUAGAAAGAAGUAUUCUAUAAUUGGAGAUGAAGUGAUUGAUGAAGCUAUUGAAAAUGCGAUGGAAGAUAACCAAAAAAAACACGAUGAAGAGGAUUUAAAACUAAAGAAAAUGAAACUGGAAAAAUAUCAAGAGAUUGACAUUUUCGGUCAGGCAGGCAUCGAUGAUAAUAAUAAAAAAUUUAAAAUUCGAUUCACUAAACCAGAAACUGGAUCACAGGAGCAAAUCUAUGAAAUGCUUGAUAGUUUGAAUACGUUACAGAGGGAAAUCACAAUGCAUGUUUUUAAAUGUUUUAAAAUAAACCAGUUACCAUUAAGAAUAUUUCUUAGUGGUUCAGCAGGUGUUGGAAAAACCAGAGUUAUCAAUUCCAUCUAUCGAUUACUAACGUCGUAUUUCGAUGCGAUGCCAGGUCAAAAAAAUGAAUUACCACAUAUUUUAUUAUGUGCUCCAAGUGGUAAAGCGGCACAUUUGAUCGGAGGAGUCACGCUACAUACUGCCUUUGCUCUUCCAAUUACUGAAUUCGGAGGACAAAUGCCGCAAUUAUCAGCAGAUAUUGCAAAUUCGAUUCGCUGUAAGCUGGUUAAUUUAAAGUUGCUGAUUAUAGAUGAAGUAUCUAUGGUAGGAUCGAACACACUAUCACGAGUGGACUCUUGGCUGCGAGAAAUUUUGGGAAAAAAUCGUAGUUUUGGAGGAAUUUCAGUCAUAUUAAUAGGAGAUUUACAUCAAUUACCACCUGUCAUGUAUAAGGCAAUUUAUAAUGCACCGACGUGGAGAUCCUUGAAUGCAUUAUCGGACGCAAUUCUAUGGGAAGAAUUCCAGUUUUUCGAAUUGACUGAAGUAAUGAGACAGAAAAAUGACAAGAUAUUCGUAAACGCUCUGAAUAACUUAGCGUCAGGAACGAUGACUGCUGAUGACAUAGCCUUGAUCAGAACCAGAGAGGUAUUACCAGAUUAA